GACUUCGUCAUGAUCGUAAUAUAAAAGGUAUAUUAGAUCUUCAACAGAGCAUAUGUGCAGAAGAAAGCCAUCACAAACAAUAAAUAUCAUCAAGUCAUGUCGAAACUCAUGGUAAUUUUGGGUAUAACUGGCACCCAGGGGGGCUCAGUUGCCGAUAUCUUCCUCCAAGAACCCGGCUGGAAAAUAAGAGGACUCACACGAGACCCUAAGAAAACAUCAAGCGCAAAAUGGGAAGUCAAAGGAAUUGAAAUGGUCCAAGCAGAUGUAGAUGAUUUCGAAUCCCUCAAAAGGGCAUUACAAGGUGCCCAUGCCAUCUUCGCUGUCACCGAUUUCUGGGGUCCCAUGUAUGAUCAACGCAGCUAUGGAAGACUUCAACUCGGUCAAACGAUCAGUGAAUACUGCUAUGAGUUGGAGGUUAGGCGCGGAAUAAAUAUUGCGAAUGCUGCUGCCUGUAUUGAGACUUUGGAGCGAUUUGUAUUUUCCGGUCUACCCGGUAUCAAGUCCAUUGCUGGAGGGAAAUAUCAGUAUGUCUAUCACUUUGAUGCAAAGGCGGAGAUUGGACGGUACAUACAAGAAUCUCUCCCGAAAUUGAAUGAAAAGACUUCGCAACUGCUGCUUGGCGAAUAUGCUACCAAUUGGAAAAUGUGGAGACUAAGGAGACCUAACAAGGAAGAUGGUUUGUAUGCCUUUUUAUUGCCAGGAGACAGUAAAACCUUAACACCAUUUGUCGUCCCGCGCAAAGAUACCGGACACUUUGUCAGGGCCCUUGUCAUGCUACCACCUGGAAAGUUGCUUUUGGGAUACGGAAGCCUUCCUAGCCACGAAGAGUACGUUCGUCUUUGGACCCAGGUCUUUGGUGUUGAAGAUAUCAGAAUCAAGCGCGUGACGGUGGACGAAGCUGCUGCAUUCGAAGGUGGUCCGCACGGGUUAGAGCUUGCAGUCCAGGUCGCAAGCGUGCUGCAACUAGAUUUGUCUGGUGAAUUUAUUUUGCAUCCUAGUCAGAUUCCUAAAGAAAUAGGAUGCCCAACUACCAGUCUCGAGGAUUAUAUGAAAAGUGAAGAUUUCUCAUCACUGGUGGAUUUGAACUAG